GGCGUCCAGAAGACAAGCAGGCAGGAGGCAGAGCAGCCGCCCAUUCUGGGGACCCUGAGCCGCCCUUCCGAGGGGUCUGUGCCUCCUGGGAGAGGGUUGGUCUCCAGGACGAGGGUCCGUGGUGGAUGGCUCUGGGGAUACUCCCGAGGCUGUGCCAUCCCCCUGCUGCGCAGGUUGGAGGGUCACUGCAGAGGCUGCUUGUGGUCCCGGGGCUGGGGCCAAGGGAGCCUGCACCGGAGACCCAUGUGGAAGCCAAGGACACAGCCGCCCUGCUGAGAGCACGGCGGCCCAUCCUUGGAGACCGUGACCUCUCGACGCUGGCCCUCCUCGGCCCUCCACCUCCGGCUGGGGCGGGGGCCGCCCAUCUCCAAGUCCCCAGCCAUGACGACAUCAGCGCUGCGGCGCCAGGUGAAGAACAUCGUGCACAACUACUCGGAAGCGGAGAUCAAGGUGCGCGAGGCCACUAGCAAUGACCCGUGGGGUCCGCCCAGCUCGCUCAUGUCGGAGAUUGCCGAUCUGACCUUCAACACGGUGGCCUUUGCCGAGGUCAUGGGCAUGCUGUGGCGGCGGCUCAAUGACAGCGGCAAGAACUGGCGGCACGUGUACAAGGCGCUGACGCUGCUGGACUACCUGCUCAAGACAGGCUCCGAGCGGGUGGCCCACCAGUGCCGGGAGAACCUCUACACCAUCCAGACGCUCAAGGACUUCCAGUACAUCGACCGCGAUGGCAAGGACCAGGGUGUCAACGUGCGCGAGAAGGUCAAGCAGGUGAUGGCCCUGCUCAAGGAUGAGGAGCGCCUCCGGCAGGAGCGGACCCACGCCCUCAAGACCAAGGAGCGCAUGGCGUUGGAGGGCACGGGCAUCGGCAGCGGGCAGCUGGGCUUCAGCCGUACCCGCGGUUCCCCGUCCUCCUACAACUCCUCCUCCUCAUCCCCCCGCUACACCUCCGACCUAGAGCAGGCCCGGCCCCAGACGUCAGGAGAAGAGGAGCUGCAGCUGCAGCUGGCCCUGGCCAUGAGCCGCGAGGAGGCUGAGAAGGAGGUGAGGUCCUGGCGGGGAGAUGACUCCUCUGUGGCCAAUGGUGCUAGGGCCGGACCCCACCGUCGUCAGGACAAAGAGCCCGAGAGAGAAGAGAGAGAGGAGGAGAAGCUGAAAACCACCCAGUCCUCCAUCCUGGACUUGGUGGACAUCUUCACACCAGCCCCGGCCCUGCCUUCCACACACUGUUCUGCGGACCCAUGGGACAUCCCAGGUCUCAGGCCCAACACAGAGCCCAGUGGCUCGUCCUGGGGCCCUUCGGCAGACCCCUGGUCUCCAGUCCGCUCAGGAAGCAUCCUGUCCCAAAGCCAACCCUGGAACUUGUCCCCUAUGUUCUCCUCCUCUGAGCCCUGGGGCCGGACCCCAGUGCUGCCUGCUGGACCACCCCCCACAGACUCCUGGGCACAGAACUCACCCCACCACAAACUCUCCAACACUGGGGCUGACCCCUGGGGGGCCUCGGUGGAGACCUCCAACACACCUGUGCUAGAUGGUACCUCGACCUUUGACCCAUUUGCCAAGCCUCCAGUAUCCACAGAGACCAAGGAGGGGCUAGAGUGUGCCCAGGCCCUGCCCUCUGGGAAGCCCAGCAGUCCUGUGGAGCUGGACCUGUUUGGAGACCCCGACCCCAGUUCCAAGCAAAAUGGCACAAAGGAGCCAGAUGCCUUUGACCUGGAUGUGCUGGGGGAAGCACUAACCCAGCCCAGCAAGGACACCCCAGCGCGCCGGACUCCUGAGUCCUUCCUGGGCCCCUCGGCCUCCUCCUUGGUCAACCUUGACUCAUUAGUCAAGGCGCCCCAGGCUGCAAAGACCCGGAACCCCUUCCUAACAGGUUUCAGCACUCCAUCCCCCACCAACCCUUUCGGCGGGGGCGACCAGGGCAGGCCGACCCUGAACCAGAUGCGCACAGGGUCGCCGGCGCUGGGCCUGGCGGCCUGUGGGCCGGUCGGCGGCUCCAUGACCUACAGCGCCUCCCUGCCCCUGCCGCUCAGCAGCGUGCCGGCCGGCGUGACCCUCCCCGCCUCGGUCAGCGUCUUCCCCCAAGCCCGCGCCUUCACGCCGCCGUCCCCCGGGAGCCUGCCGCAGCCACUGCUGCCCAUCUCAGGCUCCGCCGGGAUGCUCAACCAACCCCAGCAGGCCAACACCAACCCUUUUCUUUGAGCAACGCCCCCGCCUCGGGCGGGCCGGCGCGUGCGCGUGAGGCCACGCCCCCUGACGUGAGCGGGGCGGGGCUGCCACGCCAGGACUCACCCCGGACAGGAAGGAAGGCUGACAGUCUGCCCCGAGGCCGGCGUAGGUGCUGCUCGCCAGCCUCCGAAGACUGUUUGCAGCUCCUGGAAAUGGAGACUGACGACUUCACUGGGGCCGAGACCACGCCUCGUGAUAAAGACUGGAA